CCGGCUGGCGGCGGCGAAGAUGGCAGAUUUCCUGAAGGGGCUCCCGGUGUACAACAAGAGCAACUUCAGCAGAUUCCAUGCGGAUUCCGUCUGCAAGGCUUCCAACCGCCGGCCCUCGGUGUAUUUGCCCACCAGAGAAUUCCCCUCGGAACAGAUUAUUGUGACAGAGAAGACAAACAUCCUCCUGCGCUACCUCCACCAGCAGUGGGACAAAAAGAAUGCAGCCAAGAAGCGGGAUCAGGAGCAGGGGGAUGUGGAGGGGGAGAACUCGGCCCCGCCCCGGAAAAUCGCCCGGACCGGCAGCCAGGACAUGACCGAGGACACUUAAACCCCAAAAAAACCCCAAAAAACGACACAAAAAUCCGGGAAUUCCCCAA